AUAUAACCUGCAAUUCAUGCCAGAUUUCAUGGUUCCGAACAAUCCGCCGGGGUCAAUCCGCACUGAUUGGCUGUUUGACAUCGUUUUCAAAAAUUUUCGCGAGAAUCUUUUCAAGGGGGAGAGUAGUGGUUACUCUGCAGCUCUGGAAGAAGGUGCAACGGCGUGGGCGAACGUCACAGAUAAAGAGAAACUCUUAUCGACGGCAGAAAAGAAAGAAAAACUCGGCGACGCCGACGGCGACAUACGAACGGCCUUUCUCGAUGAAGAUAGACAAGCCCGCGAAAAAGCCAGUACGGUCGCGGUCGUUGGGCAGAAUUUGCAGAGUCAUCGAAGGACGAAAAGGAAAAAGUUGAGGAGAGCUGCGUCUUCCAUUACCUUAUCUGCAGAAGCAGAGGCGACUGACGCCGGAGAGGAAAAUAAUAAGCAGCACGAUCAAGAGCAGCAAAGCGAAUUCCAGGGUCGCGCGAAUGACGAUGAUGGGGCCGCCACGGACGGUGGGGCUAGUACGGAAAAGUCUGCCGGUGGUACCGGAAAAACUUUCUUCGACUUUUUGCUUUUCCAGGAGGUCUGGGGCUUUCACUGGGACAUGGAAACCGCGGUUGGUCUGCGAACCCGGCUGCUCAAGGAGAGGGAGAUCGACUGUUCCCCGGUGCACUUUGGCAUGCGGGUAAAUCCCGCGGGCAUGAACUCGGGCCUGCUGUCCUGCUACAACACAAACGAGUUUACUCUGCUAUCCGAAUUCAAGUUUUCGGAUGCCCCGUUGGAGGUACAGUUUUCGACGGAGAACGCCAUUGGCACUGCGUCGCAGCAUCCCGACGACUCCGGCUGGCGAGUGGGCGCCUGGGCGAAGCGGCCGGACCUCACGUUGGACGUCCAACACGCGGGGUUUUUCUUCCCGGUCUACGACUAUUUGUUCUGGGGCUUUUUCUUCGGUUUCCUGACGAUCGUCCUGGUCGCUUCGGACAGUUGGCUUUUUCUCUGCGGGGACGCGAAGCAAGCAGCCAGAGACACCGUCGCCGCGGACAUUGCGACAAGGAGCUCACAGCUCAGUACCGCAGAAGAAAAUGAACAUCAUCCUCUGCGAGCAGACGACCCGGAAGAGGUAGAAUUUGCUAUGACGGACGAACGCGACAAAAAAGGCAUUGUGGGCUUCCUGUCGAUCUACGACCAUAGUGUCGUCCUCGGAUACUUGUUGCGAUUGAUGCUCGUGGUUGUCAGUGUGAACUUUUUCUUCUUGCUCUUCGGGCCGUCAGCAGCCAAGAUCAUCGACGGCGAGCUGCUGGGUUUGGUGUUUGCCGCCGUGGACUACAUGCGCGAUGGAAAACUCGGCCUUCGCCAUUUGGUAGUAGGGUUCCUUCACGUAUUCUCCAUAUGCACCAUCGUAGCAUUGGUGUUCUCUACCCACAAGGAAGCGGGAGCACCUUCGAAGGGAACGGCUGGAGAACAGGGCCAGAACGGCGAAGCGGCCAGUUCUCUUGAUACGAAGAUGAAGGAGCCCGAGCCACAACCAGACGAAGUGAGUGGAAAAAUUGACGAUGUUGAAAAUAAGCGUGGUCUACAACUACAGGGCGAUAGAAAUAGUGAUACAGCGCCUCAUUCAAAUACCGACAAUCAAUCGAAGACCGCGAGUAGUUACGCCCCAGCACGGCCCGCCAAGAACGUGCAUCUCCGGGCAUGCAAAUACGUUUUGGCUUUCUACGCGCUUCUUGCAGGCACCGCUCUCCUUUCCGCAGGGUUUUCGUUUCGUUUCGUGUGGUGGCCCGAGCCGGCGCUUGACUCGUCUCUGGCACCCGACGCGAGUACUGGUUGGUUGUACCAUCGGUAUUCGGAGGUGGCGGGCGACGACACCAUAAGUGCCAAGGGCGUCGUCGCCGGAGUGUUGCAGAAAAAGCAAACGCAGCAGACCUUCGUGCUGUUCAACACGCACGUGCAGGCCAUCCCGGAUAGCGGCGCGAUUUUCCAGCGACAGUUCGGCGCGAAUCUCACCUCGGAGGAGUUGCAUCGCGCGAAGAUGCCCGCCGACCAACCGGGUUUGUUGGAGGAGGACGAAAAAAAGCAUUUCAGGAUUCUGAUCCACCAGUACAAAUCCCUCGCCCUGUUCAUGGAUGCGGUGGUGAAGCAGGCGCGGCAGCAGUACGGUCCCGAUGUCCACGUUGUCAUUGGCGGCGACCUCAACUUCCACGCACCGAAUUUGUACUACGCCGACACGGUUGCGCGGAUCUUUGGGCAACCGCGACUGCAGCACACGCCGGUGAACAGCUACUUCGAAACAGAUUUUCUGUCUCCCUUUUCCUGGACCGACGGGGCGGAUGCCUUGCGAAUGGUGACAGGUAUGCAGCCUUUAAUUGCGGAAAAAGUGUUUGGAACCCAGCAGCCAUUGCUGAGUCCCGCCUGCGUGAACAAUCCGGCCAUGGCGGACCGGGAGUACGAUAUAGACGAGAAGACCGGUGUUUUCCCACUAAACACGCUGCAAGACGUACAGGCAAAAAAACUCGACGUGGAGAAUGUUUGCGCCGGCACCGGAGCCGCCAAGAUCGCCUGGGACAGUGAAGCGGAAGCCUUCGGACAGACUGCGGCAAUGCUGGACACCGCAAAUUUUGACCAGAUAGCUGUGUUCCCCUGGCCACACUACAAAAGUAGCAAUGAGACGGCGAGUGGUGGAGCGUCGUGGACAGAGGCAUCUUCAAAGAACUCUUCGUACUCGGAAGCUGUUGCUACUAGUGUUGAACAAGAACAGAAGAUCUUGAAAACAAGUAGUGUUGCCGAAGGAGCGCAGCAAGAAAGUGAGAGUGGAGAAGGCCAGGUCUCUACUACAGCGAGCGGUUCCUUGAACAAGAGGUAUUAUCGCACAGUGAGGACUUGGGUCCCAUGGUCAGAGCUUGUCGAAAGCGGCACGGAAAACUUUGCAAAAGUGUCCGACCACUUUCCCGUCGUCAGUAUUGCGGUAGCGGAGGAUGUCCCGCCCCCUCGAGCGGCAGAACUUUCCGAAACGGCGGAGCAGCGCACAACGCGACUGCAAAACGAGGAGCGAGCCGCACGGGUGACCGGCGACAAGCAAUUACAGAAAUGGAUCUCGUUGUUGCCAAUGCUUCUCAUCCUCGCUGGUCUCCUCGUCUUGCUGCCGGGAAUCCUCAUUACAGCGAAACACCUCGUCACCGAUAGAAAGAAAGAAAUAGUGGAAGACGAGCAGGGGGGCGAGAGGAGGUCAUUUGUAGAACGCGGAGCCACUCCUGUUCCUCCUGCAACGCCUCAAGGUGAAGGGGCGGAACCGGAGCGCUUUCAUUCCGCUGUCAGUGCUGCGGAUAUAUGAUGAGUGUCUCGUGACCAGGCUAGCUAAAUCCAUCGUUCACGACUCGC